UGGGAGCAGGUCGGGAAACGACAGAUGGAGAGGACUUCUCGGGUGAUGUUUUCUCCGCGACGAGAGCUGCAGUAUCCUCAUCCUCAACGAGCAGUGGCUGUGGCGGGGAGGGUCAUAUUGGAGUGGCUUCUACACAGCAGCCUGUGGUGGAGGUCCUAUCUGCCCCAACACAAGUGGCUAUCCUGUGCAAAAGUAUCGUACUCGUACUAAUUGCAAUCUUGCAUGACGAACCUACCUUUUUACCUGAAUUAGCAUUACAAAUUCCACUUUUCUUUCUGAUAAAAUUUGUAAUGCAAUUUAUACUAGUACGAUACUUUUGCAAUGCAUAGCGACAGAGAAGGAACCAAUCGUGGAGGGGGUAA